AUGUCGCUGCGCGUCGCCCUGCUCGUUUUAACAGCCUGGGCCGACGCCAGCACCCCUGAGGAGGCCUCGCGCUGCUCGGCGUGCUGCUCCAUCGUCGCGGAGCUCGAACGGAACCUGGAGAUUGAGAAGCCGCGCAUGAACGUGGAUUUGAGACGGACGCUCGCCGGGAAGGACGCGGGCAAGGUCGUGGACUGGGCGACGUCGGAGCUGCGCACGCUCGAGCUUCUCGAAGGCAUCUGCCCGGCCAUGGAGCACUACGGCGUGACGCGCGUGGCGGACGGCGCCUACUACCAGCGCCACUCCGUGAGCGGCGGGUCCGUCCACGUGUCCGGGUCGAUGACGAUCGGCGGCGACAAGUACCAGCACGACCGGGGCUUCCUGCGGAGCUACUGCGAUCGGGUGGUGGAGGAGCACGAGGAGCCCCUGGGCGAGGCGAUCCGGGCCGCGGGGCUCGUGCAUCUGGCGCGGAAGAAGCGCGGCGGGCUCGACGCGAGCGGCGCGCGGGCGGCGCUGGGCUUAUCCGACGACGCGGACGAAAACGACGCGGCCGCCGCGUACAAGAGGCUGGCGCGCGAGCUGCACCCGGACAAAGGCGGCGACCGGGAGCGCUUCCUCGCGGUCGUCGACGCCUACGAGGCCCUCACGGGCCGGGAGCACCGGCCCUACGGCGACUUGUAUCGGUCGGUCUGCGUCGACGUCGUCGGCGCCUGCGCGUCCGAGGACGACGUCGAGGCGUCGAAGCGCUUCUUCCCGCGCUAUGACGGGUCCGCGAAGUUCCCGCGCGCGAAGAAGCGGCGAAAGCGGCGGCGGCGGAAGGAGCUGUAA